AUGGCGCACCUCACUGGCCCUACGUCCAAGUUCCUAUCUGCACCCUUCAAGUCCAUACUGUCCUUACCCGCGUCCCUUCGCCCUGCCGUCUACGCAACGUCUCAAUCACGAUGCCUGGCAACGAGUACGGAUCCAAGCAGAAAGCAGCCGAAGACCGCGAUAUUCUUCCCCGGCCAAGGUGUCCAACGCGUGGGAAUGACCACCGACUGGCUCGAAGCCUUUCCCAAGACUGUGAAACCCAUGCUGGACCAGAUCGAUGAGACGCUCAAAGUCAACCUGUCAAAGAUCAUUGCUGAGGGGCCUAACAGCAAGCUGACAGCCACGGAGAAUGCACAACCAGCGAUUAUGGCGACAAGUAUCAUCAUAUUAAGAGUACUGGAGGAAGAGUUCGGCUUCAAGAUCAAGGACAGGAUAGACAUAACAUUGGGACACUCUCUUGGAGAGUUCGCUGCCCUUGUUGCGGGCGGAUAUCUUCGAGAGGCAGAUGCCUUGAAACUCGUACGGAGAAGAGCUGAAGUAAUGGCACGAUGCUCGAAAGAUGCCAAUGAAGAGGUCGGGAUGAUAGCUCUGGUUUGUGAGGCAGAUCACCUCCAAUCUAUGAUCGAAGCGAUACAUUCAUUUCUUGGACACAACUCUGAAGGGACCAAGUCAGAUUCAGGGAGCGACCACGACUUACCACCUGUACAACAAGUGCUCAUCGCGAACAUCAACAGCAAGAACCAGAUCGUGUUAUCCGGAGGCAUCAAGCGCAUCAACGAGCUUCUCACGCAUCUUCGACAGUUCGCUGGCCACGGCCCUCGAGCAGUGAGGCUUAAGAGCGACUCACCUUUCCACAGUCCGAUGAUGCAACCUGCCGCUGACCUCAUGAAGAAGAUGCUGAGCCAGUCUUCGCCGACGGCCAAGAACGAGGAUAUCAUCAUGUGGCCAGGUCUCAUGCCAUGCAUCAGCAACGUCUCAGCCCGACCUUUCCAAAGCCAACAACACCUGAAAGACCUUCUGGCAAGACAAUGCGUGGAGACGGUGCUCUGGCACGACAGCAUCGUGUACCUCCACGAGGAGGAGAAGGUCAAGAGAUGGGUUGGGAUUGGACCCGGCAAGGUUGGACGCAAUCUUGUGGGGAAGACCACCGGUGUGCGUGGAUUCGGCAAGGGAGGAGGCGUGUGGGCAGUGAGCGGACCAAACGAGGUGGAAUCUUUCCUCCGUGAGUUCGAGCAGACAGAUGCCAUGAAUGCCGCCGAAGAGUAG